GUUUUUCGCGGACUUUGGCCGAGACCUUGCUUUGGUUAAGGCCAGCUUAAGGCCACACCCUCCCCACUCAUAUAAAAGGCCACCACACACUCUUCAAUCCACCAGUGUAUCCUCACACAAGACGCACAGACCUACUUACAUUAUGUACAAGCUGGUGGUGUUGUCUGCCCUCGUGGCUUUCUCCUCAGCCGCCCCCAGCGGCCUCCACUACGCCGCCGCCCCCGCCGUGGUGCAUGCUGCUCCCGCAGUCUACCAUGCCGCCCCCGUGGUCCAUGCCGCCCCCGCCGUAGUCCAUGCCGCCCCCGCCGUCUACCAUGCCGCCCCCGCAGUUGUGCCUGCCGUAGCCGUCUCCAAGACCGUUCACUACGCGCCCACCCCCGUCGUCACCGGCUACACCUCCUCGGUCAUCAAGCCCGACCUUGGCGGUCACCUGGCCACUCCUUAUCAUACUGUCUCCAAGACCCCGGUCAUCGCUCCAGCUCGUGCUGUCGAUACUGUCGUCCCUCAGGUCACCCAUGUCCAGCCUGAGGUUUCCGUCCAGAAGGUCGCUUACGACGUUCCCGUGCACACCCCUUACAUCAGCGAAGUCGAGGUUAAGACUCCCGUCGUCAAGACUGCCCCCGUCGUUGUUCCCGCCCCCGUAGCCGUUCCCGCCCCCGUCCCAGUCAUCAAGGCCGCCCCCGCACCAGCUGUCUACGCCGCUCACGCCCCAGCCGUCUACGCUGCCGCCCCCAAGGCUGUCUAUGCCGCCCCCCACGUCUACGCCGCCCCAGCACCCAUUGUCAAGUCGUACGUUGCCGCCCCCCAUGUUUACGCCGCCCCCGCUCCAGUCAUCAAGGCCUACUAAAUAGUUUACCGACUAGAUAGCCUGGGUCUCAAAAAUCCUGUGCCGCCCCCUUUGAAAAUAGCUAAAUUAUUUCCCAAAUUUAUCAAAAUCUAUUAGUAAAUCAUGAGGGCUUAUCAAAACAAAAACUCAGACGUUAACAUUUAUCAAGGUCUACAAAUUUGUUAAACAAAUAGCCUUUGAAAUGGCUGCCUUGAAAUUAUGUAGUCAUCUUCCUGGACUUUCUUGAUGAUAACCAACUUUGUGAAAAUCCCCAAAGAUUUAUAAUACAAAAACGAGAGGGCAUAAAACAAGUUUAGACUGCACUAAAUGGUUUAAUUUUCCUAAAGUACUUUGGUGUAGUUUACUGUUGUUUUAUUGUGUGAAUGGAGGUAUCCUAAUAAAAUAUUGAUUAUUUUAUACAAAA